AUGUCUUCGACUGCGACUGCGACUACUACUACUACUGGUGGCGCUAAGAAGAAGCACAUAUGCGGGACGUGCGACCGCGCGUUUACGACGAGCGGCCAUCUCGCACGGCACUCGCGUGUCCACACUGGGGAGCGGAACCACAAGUGUCCGUUCCCAGGCUGUGAGACGAGGUGUUCGAGGCAGGACAACCUCCAACAGCAGUGA